ACCUUGUAAAACAGGAUGUUACUUUUCAGUGCAGUCAAUUAAAAACUCUUCGAUUGUCAAGACGGCAAGACAUGGAUUGUGUGACUGUGCCUGCUAGUUUUGAAGCUAAUCUCGCUUUAGAAGAUGGCUCAACUGGUUUCUCUCUACCUCAAGCAUUGAGCCUGAACAAAAAUACUGUUCCCAAUCUCUACACGGUGGGCGUGAACAAGUUCCACUUUGAUUUCCAGGAACAUGGUAUUGCUUACAACGAAACCGUAGCCUCUGACCUUAGGGCCCAAGCCUCGUUUGAAGUGCAAGGUGACUCCCCAGGGUUCAGUCUGACUGUAGAUCCUACCCCUGUAGCUGUGUGGGGGAUCAAUUUUGCUGGGAGGAUAGUGGUGAAGCACGAGAAUGGGUGUGAGAGGGUUGUCUACCUACCAGGGACCAGGACUUAUGACCCUGCUGGAAUGACUGGUGACCCCCAUGCCAGUGAAAGAAUUGGACCUUCUUGCUCUCGUAUGCAAGUUGCUGUCACCCUUGCUCAACUGGUCGCUGCUCAAAACGGGGCUGAUAGCAAUCAAAUUGGUCUUAUCCAGGACAAAGUUAUCCCCUUGACUCAACGCUAUCACGGAAGAGUAGCUCUCUUAAAAUGGAUGACACUUCAGAUUGAAGAGGCUGUUUUCAAGAAUCGAGAUGUAACCCCGUACCCAGAGUUUGUAAAAGAGGAAGUUCGGAAGGGCGAUCUUGAGCUGACUGCUGCCAGAGAGCACACUAGAACGUAUCUCGAAUACUACAACCAUGGACAAGCCCGACCUCCCGUGCAAUACUACCAAAAGGUCUCCAAGAAAGACAAGGUGACGGAACUGUUCUCAGCUGAAGAGCUAGCCCAGUUUAAUAAGAUUAUCCAAGCUUAGAGAUUCAAGCUUAGAGAUUCUUUUAUUCCACUAUAUAGCUUAUGUAUAGUUGUGCAGACAGUGCAAUUGCUGCAACAUUCUUUUUAAUACAGCUGACUUGUACACACAAUUCUAAAUAUUUUUAAUGAAUUUUGUUACCUCGA